UAGGCACAAAAUAAGGGAUCAAGAUUUGUGCUGGGUUCCAAAGUUCAUGCUUCUUUCACAGUCUUGCCAGGGGCAAGGUGGAGGAGGGGACCAGAGAAAGGCGCAACCCUGGGGACAGGUAUCCUUAGACAGCCUGGUUGGGCAGCCUAUGGGUACUGGUCUUUGGGCUGAAGUCAAUUUGGGAGUGCAAAGUGCCUCUUGGCGUCCAUGUUGACAUAAGGAUUAGCCUGGGUAGGAGCCACCUGAGCUCCCCAGAGCUUCAUCACUGCAUCACCAAUACGGUCACUCUGACGUGCUCCAGAUGACGUUGGUGUCUAGAGUGACAGAGGCCCGGGCUGCUGGCGGGGAAGGGAGCGGGUCCUGCUGCAGCCCAAACCUCUGGGGACUAGCAUAACUCCCAAAGCCGCUCCCUGCCGACACCCAGGCGGUCAGCCGGAGUCAGGGAACCUGCCGAGCCUCGCACGUGGGUCCGCAGGGCGGCGGGCAGGGACAGCCCGGCGCCGGACUACAAGUCCCACAAUGCCCCGGGCCGCGGCGGCGGGGAAGGAGGGAUGCCUCAGGUGCCAGCGACCUCGGCUCUUCCAGCCCGGAAGUGCCCGAGGGGCCGAGAUGGAGCUGGCUGAGCCAGGCGCUCGGUAGCGCGGCGGGCAAGGCAGGCGCCAUGACCCUGAUUGAAGGGGUGGGUGAUGAGGUGACCAUCCUUUUCUCGGUGCUUGCCUGCCUUCUGGUGCUGGCCCUUGCCUGGGUCUCAACACAUACUGCUGAGGGUGCGGACCCACUGCCCCAGCCCUCAGGGACCCCAACGUCAGCGCAGCCCGGCGAAGCCAUGGCAGCUACCGACAACAUCAGAGGAGAGGCCCCAGGGGCUGAGCCCCCCAGCCUGAGACACAGAGGUCAAGCUGCACAGCCAGAGCCUAGCCCAGGGGUCAGAGCAACACCGCCACCCCCGGACUCCCCACAGGAGCCCCUAGUGCUACGGCUGAAAUUCCUCAAUGAUUCAGAGCAGGUGGCCAGGGUCUGGCCCCACGACACCAUUGGCUCUUUGAAAAGGACCCAGUUUCCAGGCCGGGAACAGCAGGUACGACUCAUCUACCAAGGGCAGCUGCUAGGAGACGACACCCAGACCCUGGGCAGCCUUCACCUCCCUCCCAACUGUGUUCUCCACUGCCACGUGUCCACGAGGGUUGGGCCCCCACAUCCCCCCUGCCCCCCGGGCUCGGAGCCAGGAUCCUCCGGGCUGGAAGUAGGCAGCCUCCUCCUGCCCCUGCUGCUGCUGCUGCUGCUGCUGCUCUGGUACUGCCAGAUCCAGUACCGGCCCUUCUUCCCCCUGACGGCCACUCUGGGCCUGGCCGGCUUCACCCUGCUCCUCAGUCUGCUGGCCUUUGCCAUGUACCGCCCGUAGUGCCUCCACGGGCUCUUGGCAGUGCUGCUGGCCCCUCCAGACCUUGCUCCCCACGCCGUGGUGGGAGCUGCUGUCUGCCCGGGCCUGCCUCUCCGGCCUGCCUUUUCCCACUAACUUGGAGCCCAGCCCUGCGCCGCAGAGGACUCCGGGGGCUGGCGGAGGCCACUCCCUGUGACCUCCAUGGCUCUGGGCCACCUCCUGGGGCUGCUGGCCCUCAGCUCCCACGGACAGUCGGCUCCUCAGGGUCAGGCACCUGCUGUCACUGCCUGGGCCCUGGGCAGAGCCGGGCAACCCCCCUGGGCCCGUCUUAGUGUUCUGCCCGAGGACCCAGCCACCUCUUGUCCUGACAGCUCCUUGGGCUGAUUUAGGGACCCAAGGACUGUGGGAGGCUGGCGAAGGAGAGCUGGGAGGGCAGAAGAGUUCUCUGGAACCUGUGCAGAUUAAAGUAACUGUGAAGUUUUC